GACUAAUCAAAUCACAUGUAGUGAUGACGUUUUACACAUCACAGAACUGAAAAUGGCGUUCGCCAUAAGAAAAGCAACUACUUAUCUUGUCAAAAGGAUGCAUCUUCGCCCUGUGAAAAAAGUUAAAUUUACAUUUGAUCCUUAUAUGAAAACUGCAAGCUCAAUAAGGCAAUAUUAACAUUCAUUUUACAAAUUUAAUUAUUAAGUCUGGCCUUUUAAAUCACUUGACUUAAUUUUUAACGUAACAUUACUCAUUACUAAGGCAAAGUUUGAAAUUGAAGUGUCAUUGAAGUGCAAAGGCAAAAGUUCACCCACUGAAAACGAAAUCAGUUUUCUCUCUGUGUUUAAUAGCUAUUCUGUGGUAACGUUUUCCAAACUGAAAUGGUUUCCCCAGACUUGCCCGAUUCCAGAGUACAAAAAAGGAAUCCAUUUUUCUUGAUAAAAAUGUUAUGGUGCAAGUUGGAAUUGUUCUAUAAAUUCUAUUUAUUUGUACUUUAACUUUAAUAAUGGCUAAUGAUGUUGUGUUGAAUAUCAAGGUCAAAGUAUUCAAAGGCGUCCUUAUUAUUAUUAUUAUAAGUGGUUUUAUAUAGCAUGGUACCCCAGCCUAGGGCUGGGCUCACCACGCUAAACAUCAAAUGUAACAUACAAUUAUUUAACAAACAUGAUCAAAACCUUUAAAAAUGAAUUAACAUACAUAAAUUAAAUAAAGCCAAAAAAAUGUAUAUAGUUCUAAUGGAUGUGUUAAGGAUUAUUUUCUUGUGAGUUUUUUGUGUUUCUCUUCGUGGGAAACAGCUUUAAAAUGGACUUAAGAUAUCAAGUUACUCAGCAUAGUAAAGAAAUGUCACUUCCGCCAUUUUUGUAAAUUUCCCCCAUGCCAACAAAAAAAUGGCGACCGAUUCACGACUGAGACGAAGAAAGCGGGGUAGAAGGGGAGGCAUUCGUGUGAAAUGCAGAAACAGAGGACGGCGGGGCUCUCUUCCACCAGUUGUUUUGGGAAAUGUUAGGGCAUUAUGUAACAAGAUGGAUGAACUGGAUUGUUGCUGUAAACAUUUCUAUCAAUUUCGCGAAAGCUCUUUAAUAUGCCUGACAGAAACAUGGCUUAACGAAACCGUACCAGAUUCAGCAGUGGCACUGGAUGAAUUUAACCUUUUCCAUGCCGAUAGAACAACCCACAGCGGCAAAUCCAAGGGAGAAGGAUUGACAAUAUAUAUUAACCCUUUACAGUCCGAUGCGCCCGAAAUGCGCCGAUUUUUUCCUUAAGCCUACAGUCCGUUGCGGCCAAACCCGCCCGUUUUGAGGUUGUUUACUUUCGUUCUUAGCACAGCGGAAAUCCAUUGUGCAUUACUAUUUAUAGUUCUACCAGAAGAAAGCCUCGUUGUCGGCAUUUAUUUUGAUACUAGUUUGACCGCGGUGUGUUUAGGAGCUGAUUUUCUAUGAUUUUUUUAAAAGUCGCGAUUUUUUCGCUGUAAAAAAUGGCUAUCUAAACCUUGGAUACACCUUUGAAAGAACUUAGGCCUAAUGUAGCUUCACUAUUUCAUGAGUGGGAGGGUCUCUGAAACUAUUUUUCGGUUUAACUUUUGCUUUAAUAAUUUCUUUGUAUUUAGGUAUUUUUUAUUUUAUUUUCUUGCUUCUAGUUUAUUUUCUGUAAAUUAAUUAGAUAAAGAACCUUCAUUUAAAAUGGAGUUAUGUCCCUUUGCUUGGGCGCUGGUAGUAGACAAGGCUGAAUAGGCGUGGACUGUAAAGGGUUAACAAAAACUACUGUAGCAUCAACAACAGUACAGUGAAACAUGUAGUUUGUACACCCGAAAUAGAACUACUCUGAGGCCAUUUACCUACCUAGAGAGUUCAACCAAAUCUGUAUCAUCCUCACUGACAUUUCACCAAAUGCUAACAAGGAGCAGGCUACUGAGACACUUUUGGAUGUAAUCCAUGAUUUUGAAACAAAAAACGCAGACUCCGUUCGUCUCGUUAUGGGGGCUUUAAUCAACUAUGGUAAUAUAAAAAAGGCCUACACUUGUCGUGCUUUAUUUCCUCUAGGAGAAUCCGACUACACAAUGGUCCGCCUAACGCCAGUUUUAAAAACAAAAAAAAUUCAGACAAAAACUAUUGAACUGUGGUCAGAUGAGGCGACAGAAAAACUUCAAGCCUGCUUGGAAUGUACAGACUGGGACACGUUUAUAAACACUUGCCGGGACAUUGAUGAGCUAACAAACACCGUCAAUUCCUACAUUAAGUUCUGUGUAGACGAAAUUAUUCCCCAAAAAACCAUCUGAGUAUUCAACAAAAACAAACCGUGGAUGAGCAGAUAAAUAAAGGAGGCCAUACACCACAAGAAGAACAUGUUUAAGAUUAACAAUCAGGAAUUUAUUAAAGUUAAAAAAAUAUUGAAAGAAAAAAUAUAUCAUGGUAAAAAACAAUUAAAAAAAAAAAAUCAAAAAAUUAUUCCUAGUAACAACUCAAAGGCUUAUUGGGCAGGACUCAAGCAAAUAACAGGAUAUACUCCUAAGUGAGAAUGCUUAUGUGUUGAGGACGUGAGGAAUUUUGUUAACGACUUAAAUGACUUUUAUUGUCGUUUUGACAGCCUGGACUUUGGCAAAGUACACAAUGAGAUGAUGAAUUCAUUGAAAGAUGGCAGUAGUACACAGGAUGGUACUUUAUUGUUCACCAAACAGGGAGUGAUGUCAUUAUUUAAACAAGUGGAUGCAGCCAAGACCUCGGGACCAGACACAUUAAGUGGUCGGCUCAUUAAACUAUGCUCAGAGCAGCUCUCUUACAUUUUUUGUUACAUAUUUAAUAAAUCUUAUGUAACUCACACAAUACCAGCAAUUUGGAAAACUUCAAAAAUCACACCAAUUCCAAAGAAAAUAAGGUAACGUGCAACAACGACUUACGAUCUGUUGCUCUUGCCUCUAUAGUAAUGAAAUGUUUUGAGAAAAUAAUUUUGAAUGAAGUACAGCAAAAAACUUGACCACCACCAAUUUGCUUAAAAACCUGCCAGAAGCACAGAGGAUGCAAUCUUACUAUUGUUGGAGAGACUUUAUUAUCACCUAGACAGUCCUAAAAUAUAUGCUAGAGUGCUUUUCUUAUACUUCUCAUCAGCAUUUAACACUAUCCAACCACACUUUAUGAUAAAGAAACUUUCCUCGUUAGGUGUCAAUUUAAAUAUUCAGGCUUGGAUACUGAACCUUUUAACAAAUGGACCACAAUAUGUCAAAGUAAAUAACCAAUUAUUUCUAACCAGAGAAAUAAGCACAGGGGCACUACAAGGCUGCGUUCUCUCUCCUGUACUGUAUAUCAUAUAUACCAAUGAUAUUCAAAGCUCAAGCGACACCGUUCCAAUCUUAAAAUUUGCUGAUGAUACCACCAUUGUUUGCUUAAUAUCUGAAGGAGAAGGCCUAUACCGCAAUUUAUUUACAAACUUUAUCAAUUGGUGCAAUGAAAAUUUUCUCCAGCUGAAUGUCUCAAAAACAAAGGAAAGGGUUGUUGAUUUCAGGAGGGGGAAACACCAGAUUACAGAUCUCAACAUAAAAAAUCAAAGUGUAGAGAAAGUGGAGACAUACAAACAAGUACUUAGGUGUCACCAUUAAUAAUAAGCUAACAUGGCAUGAGCACGGCCAAAUGCUGCAUAAGAAAUUAAACCAAAGACUGUUCUAUCUCAAAAAACUGUACAAUUUCGGGGUAAACAGGCAAGUCGUUAAAUUAUUCUUCAGUGCAACUAUGGGAAGCCUACUUAAUUUCAGUAUUACCUGCUGGUGUGGGAAUUCAACGUCUGAUAUUAAACACAGCAUAAAACGACUAAUCACGAAAGCUAUGAACAUAACACAAACUAGACAUCCUUCACUUGAAGAACUAUCUGAAGAAAGAUGUUUUUGUAAAACUAAACACAUUUUGGAUGAUACAUCCCACCCUCUUUAUCACAAAUACUUAGGAUCAGGCCAUUCGGGACGAAUUCUUUCCAUCAAGGUGAGGACUGAAAGAUAUAAAAAUUCCUUUGUUCCCCCAUCUGUACGAAUUUACCGGUGUGCUCCCUCUGAAAACUAAUAAGUCCCCGAUUUGGCUAAGAGAACUCACUGAAUGGCUGUUUUAGAUAAUUUAUUAUAAAUGUCUUGUGUUCAAAUUGUUUUAUUUAUGUGCUGAAGAUGUAUAAUGCAAUCAAAAAACAUUUCCAUUUAUUUGGAUCAAUAAAAGAAUCUUAUCUUAUAUUUAAAACUAUUUACAUGUCAAGCCAUGGACAACACCAAGCAGCAUUAUUUUUCACCUUUGCCUUUAGUCUUUAGCUUGGAUGAAAUUAUAUCCAAGUUAAAACAGUACAACCCUAAUUUUUUUAAUUAAAAAAAAAAAAAUGACCAAAUUUUUUUUUUUUUUUUUUUUUUUUUUUUUUUUUUUUUUUUUUUUUUUUUUUUUUUUUUUUUUUUUUUUUUUUUUUUUUUUUUUUUUUUUUUGAGUUUGAACAAUUAGAUCUACUUCAUUAAAUGCUAUUUCAAGUAAAUGUCAAGGAUGAGAAUCACUGUGUUUAGUGUGAAUGUUGUUAUAUUCUGAGGCUGAGGGAUAUUAUUAUGUCAGAAUGUUAUUGGUUGAAGUUGAAAGUCGAAUAACAAUAAAAAUAUGUAUGUGUGUGUUUAAAAUUUAAUAUUUGAUCUGUGUGAGUAGUUAUUUCACAUUAAAUUAGUUGUCAUCAUUGCACAGGGUCACCUAAUCUCAUAGAUACAGAGUGUUAGAGUUAGUUCAUGUAUAGUUGGCUAGAGGUUCUACUUGAACAAAGUUGAACUCAAGCUUAGUUUUCAUAUGGCUUAAGGGUAAAUUUACGCAAUCCGUGCCAUGACGUUUAAAUUUUAUCACUAUUUUCAUUUUUCAUAUAAAUGAGUAAAUUCUUUUUAAUUUUUAAACUUUUAUUUGCAAUUCCUUUUAUUAUAUAAACUAAACUAUAGAUAAAUUAUAAGAGAACCUUAAACACUCAUCUAUUUUGUAUUCAAUUAUGAAUAUGUUGUCAAAAUAUUAAUUCUUUAUAUGAACCAUAGGAUUUAAAAAAUAAAUAAGCAACUAACACGCGCUCAAUAUUAUUUUUAGUAUCUGCUACAAAAAAUUUCAAUGGUACUGAAGUGAAGUUAAGUUCUUAUAGAUAGUGGCUGUUAUUUAUUAUGUUCCAAACAUUAGCUUAAAAAUAGAAAUUAAAUUUUGAUGAUUUAUAACCAUUAAAUUUAAAAAUAUAUCUUAAACUGUACUUGUGAAGUUAAUUACAGUACUAAAAAUCCAAUCUAAUCCAAUAAAUUUUAAAUAUUUUUUUUUAAAACAGGGAAGCAGCUUCAACAUUACAUUUUCCAGAUAUUUUGGAAACCAACCUAGGAACUGUACUUACAUUUGAUAUAAAAUCGGAUCGCACAGAACCACAGAUUGAUGUUGAAUUCAGUAAGAUUUGUUUUAAAAACUUUUGCAUGAAAUCAAUAGCCCAAAAAAUAUCAAGUUAAAAUUUGUACUUAUCCAGAUGUUGAGUUACCGGGCAUCAUUAUUCUUGUUCACUUUUUGUUGGCUUUCAAAAUAAUGAUGUGAAAACUAGAAAUAAACGGAGAAGGUUGACUUAUGUGGAGUUAUGGUUAUCAUUUGUAAUCAAAAUCGAAAAAAUAAACUUAGUUAUCCAGUGUGACAGAUUGUAGAGUGUAUUAUAAACAAAUCUGGAUCAUCAUAGUUUUGGAACAUCAUAGUUUUGGAUCAUGAUAUUUGCAAACUCCGUAUCUUUUGUAUUGCUGCAAUUAUAUGUUUUUCUGAUAAUUCAUUAUGUAGAUUGUGCAUUGCUCAGACAUCAAAUAUUGUUUAGUAAAUUCUGGAUUAAAAUAUCUGGAUCUUCUAGUUUCUACUGUACUUGAUUAUUAAUUAUUUUUAAUUUCUCUAUCCAGAUGAUGGUCACAAAUUGGUUUUUAAGACUGGGAAUUUGACUCAGUUGGAAAUCCUGGACUACUUUUUUGAAUAUGUUGAUGAAAAGGACCCAAAGAAAUUGGAGGGACCUGAACUGGUCACAAAAAGUUCAAAGGUCACUUUCAAAGGAGGGAAAGGCAAGAAAAAAUAACAGGGACCAUAAUUAGGCCAUGUGUUUGGAAGCUGUAUUCUGUAAAUUAAUGUAAAAGAUGUUUGAAUGGGCUGAAUUUGAUGAAAAUGUCAUUUAAUAUAGUGUUUGAUUGAACUGAUGGCUUGAAUACAAAUGUAGAUAUAUUGUGAUAGUAGUUCGAUAGUGAGCUUAAAUCUGCAGUGUAUUUUAACUGUUUUGUUUUGACUGAAACAAAAUAUAUUCAACUUUAUAAACAUAAAGAGUUCACUUUUUUUAGUUACAAUGAUAAAUGUUGUCCUUUACAAACUCAUCGGUCUUAAAACUAAUGGUUAAAACAGCCACAGGUUUUAGUAUAAAGACAGUAAUUUUAUAAAAAUUGAUAUCAGUAUAUCAGUAUAUAGUAAUUAACAAUAUGCAUACACAUUGUUUGACCAUUCUUAACUUUAAAUAGAAGGCUUGAUAAACCAGCCCACAAUAAGAUCACUCUUGGAUGUAUGGGACACCCACUGCAAUAGUUGUUCAAUUACUUUUACAUUUACUAGUGUCUUCUACCAAUUAAAUUAAAUUUGAUGUACUAAUUAACCAGAAAUGUUGGAUUUGAUGGUCAAUGUUCAUAAUCGUUAGGAGGCUUUCUUGUCAUCUGGAAUUGAUGGUCUAUGUUUGUAAAUGUUGGGAGAACCUUCUUGUCAUCUGGAAUUUAUGGUCUAUGUUUGUAAAUGUUGGGAGUCCUUCUUGUCAUCUGGAAUUGAUGGUCUAUGUUUGUAAAUGUUGGGAGACCUUCUUGUUAACUGGAAUUGAUGGUCUAUGUUUGUAAAUGUUGGGAGACCUUCUUGUUAACUGGAAUUGAUGG